AUGUCCACCCAGAGCUUCAACCCCUGCACAUUUGACCAACUCAAGAAGCGCUCCGGGCCACCUCUCAAUGCCUGGGGCCUGCACGGGCAGGACAACGAGUUGGGCCGGCUGAACAUGAUCACCCCAGAAUCCAUCAAGCGCGGCCGCGACGCGAUCAAGCACGGCAUCGCCGUCAACCUCAAUGUCAAUCUCAACACGUUCCCAAGUCUGCACCCAGUGCGGCCCAAGGUGAAGCACGAAGUGAUCCACCGCGUUCACUGCCUGGACGACACGGUCAGCUUCAACACCCAAUGCGCAACCCAGUGGGACGGUUUCCGCCACUUUUCGUACAAACACUACCCGAAAAAGGACGUCUACACGUUCCACGGCGGCAUGACUACAGAGGAGGCGAUGGACGUCAGCAACAAGUCGUUCGGCAUCCAGCUCUACGCCGACAACCCCAUCACCUCGCGUGCCCACCUUCUCGACAUUCCGCGCUACCUCGCCAAGACGGGCGGGGAGCCGUUGAAGAUCUUCGAGCGGACCACCCCGAUCUCUCUGUCCACGCUCAAGGCUUGUGCCGAGGACGAGGGCGUCACGCUUGCGUCGGGCGAUAUCCUCAUUGUUCGCACGGGGUUCACCGAGGCGCUGUAUGAUCUCAAUGAAGAGGGGCUGGCGGCCAUGCUGGCUGCUGCAAAGGGCUGGGUCGGAGUGGAGCAGACCGAGGAGGUCAUGAGGUGGCACUGGGACAACGGCAUCGCUGCAGUGGCGACGGAUACCCUUGCAUACGAAGUGUACCCCCCGCUUGGCCCGCUCUCUUGCCACGAGGUCUUCCUGGCUGGCUGGGGUCUGCCCAUCGGCGAGCUGUUCGACCUCCGCAAGCUCGCCGCCGAGUGCGAGCGCCUCAACAAGUGGACCUUCAUGUUCACCAGCAUGGUGCUGAACCUCGACGGCGGCAUUGCGAGCCCGCCUAACGCCCAGGCCAUCUUGUAA